AACCACCGCGUUUCCUUCCCCCACACAAAUACCCGUUCUACAGCAGUAUCCAAUCUUGAAGCAACGAUGAAACUCAUAAUAGCUGGCGCAACCAGUCUCCUAGGCACCGAGAUUGUGAGACAAAGCCUGCAAAUUCGCGAGAUCACCCAGGUCGUUUCUUUAGCUCACCAGCCGGUACAGCUCGACAAAAGUACCGACACAUCGAAGUUGAAGAAAGUUGUCAUCCGAGACUACAGUGAAUACCCUGAUGACGUGAAGGCGGAGUUUGCUGGGGCCGACGCUUGCAUUUGGACUGUUGCCUCCACGCCCUUACGUACCGGCAAGGUCGAACUCAAGCGUCUAUGCCAGGAUUAUACCAAGCUCGGAUUCGAGGCCAUAUGCGAGGCUGGACCGGCACGUCCCUUUCGCUUUAUGUACUUGAGUGCGGAGGGAAUACCUCGAGACCCAACCAAGAUCCCAGUAAUCAUGCCAGAUUACCAUAUUAUGCGAUGCAACACAGAGCUCAUGGUCCUCAAAUUCCCUACCGAGAAAGAGGGAGUUGAGGUUUGCAUCGCCCGGCCCGGCGUGAUUGCUAACUCGUCGGCUUGGUCAAGAGCUUUGGUGGCCAACCUUUUUCGUAUCGUCAAUCUCUUUGGACGGCCCCUUCCGAAUAUACAACGGAGUCAGCUCGCAGCGGCAGUGUUACACCAGGUCAUGGAUGGGUUCGAAAAGGAAACACUCUCGAAUGCCGACCUCGUUCGAAUUGGACAAAGGGAGCUGAAAUUUCGCAGUAUACCUCAGCCUUCAUGA